AUGGAAGCCUUCCAAAGUAUAGAUUUCGGAAAAGCCAUCGUUAUUGACAAUGGUAGUUUUAAAAUUAAAUCUGGUUUCGCCGGAGAUCUCACUCCAAAGUUAAUCACUCCAACUUCAUGUGCCAGAGAGUACGAACUUGCGAUGUUGGCUGCAAAUAUCCGAUCGGGUGUCGUUGUCGAUUGUGGCGAUGACUCGACUCGUGUUCUGCCUGUCUACAAUGGACGCCCCAUCACCGAGGCUUUCGUAACUGAGGAGAUCUCUGGAAAAGAUAUCACUGAGUAUCUUGCCUACCUUAUAGAGUCGGAGAAUGGAUCGUAUUUCGACCAACCAAUAAUAACAGAUAUCAAAGAAAAGGUUGGAUAUGUUGCCACCGACUACAACAACGAACUUCGUCUUUCAAACUCAUUCCCAUUCAGCUAUGAAAUUUCAGAGGAUGAACUUUUAUCACUGGGUUCGACAAGAGUCCGUUGUCCAGAGCCACUGUUCCAACCGAGAUUGAUCAACAAAAAGUCGUUGGGAGUACACACCGCCACCUUUAAAUCAAUCAAUAUGUGCAAGCCAGAUAUCCAAUCGUCACUCUAUGAGAAUAUCUUACUUGUCGGUGGAUCUACUCUAUUCCCAGGUUUUUCUCAGAGACUCUAUAAGGAACUAUCGAUAUUGGCACCAGUAAACACUAAAAUUAGAAUCAUUGACCCACCAACACGUCAAUUACUCGCAUGGUUGGGAGGAUCAAUGGCUGCCAACGAAGCCAAAUUUACCUGUAAUGUAGUAUCAAAGAAAGAAUACGAAGAAUAUGGAACUUCGAUCAUCAAUCAAAGAUUCAUCUCAUCUACUGGAACCAGGAGAAUCUGA